GUCAUGUGUACGUGGGAUCCUACUACCCUCCGAGGACGCGGAGGAAGCGAGGACAGAACAGAUGCAGCGUCCCAGCUGCCAACCGUCGUCAUGAACCAAGCAUAAAUAUGUGUUCCCAUGCCAUGUGUUUGUGCAAGGUUACCACAUUUCUCCGUGGAAUCAGCGCUCAAUCUGCACCGCAGCUAUACCUCUACUUGUACCGUGAGCUGAGCUGAGCUGAGCGUCGGAGUCCCCAAGAACGAGACAGGAGCGAGAAGGACCGGAGCAAUGGCGUCGGACUGCUCCUUCGCCCACGGCGUCUCCCUCCCCGCGCACCGCCCUCCCCUCGCCGUCACCACCUGCAGGCUACGCCACGGUGCCGCUCGCGCGGUAGCCCGCCAUCGGGCCAUGGCGGCGGCGAGGCGGGUCUCGGUGGGCGCCGCCAGGAGGAGGAUCGGCUCAGCCAGAUACGGCAGCAACGGGGCGGCGGCGUUGCGCGCGGAUGAGGCGGAGGUGGCCGUGCCGCCGUCGGUGCCCGUGCGCGUCGCCCACGAGCUGCAGCUGGCCGGCCACCGCUACCUCGACGUCAGAACGGAGGGUGAGUUCGCCGGCGGGCAUCCGGCGGGAGCGGUGAACGUGCCCUACAUGUACAGCACCGGCUCAGGAAUGGCGAAGAACUCGCACUUCAUCGACCAAGUGUUGGCUAUCUUCGGCAAGGACGACGAGAUCAUUAUCGGAUGCCAAAGUGGCAAGAGGUCUCUCAUGGCAGCAGCCGAACUCUGUUCCGCUGGCUUCACUGCUGUGACCGACAUCGCCGGAGGAUUCUCGACUUGGAGGGAGAAUGGGCUGCCAAUCAAUGUCCGGUGACAUCGAGGGAGAAUGGGCUACCAGUCAAUGUCCGGUGACAUCGCUGGCUUCUCUGAAUGUUGCUGAAAAAUAAUGAUCUGUCAUAGUCUGCAAGGUUGUAUAUAGCCAGUGUGGUAGUACUGAAUUCAGAUUCAAGACACCACAACACAACAACGCACUGAAUAAUUGAAUGGAUGUAAUGAACAGCCGGCGUAAUUCUUCUCUGCAUCCGAGUAA